GAGACAUGUAUCUUGAAUCGUAGCGUUAGCAGACCAGCUUUUUCUGCGCUGUACAUUCAGUCAGAAUCUGGUUAAAAGAGAUUUUCUUAAUAAAGAUUUGCUCGGUGUAAUUUUAUCUCUUCCUGAUAUGAAACGAAACCGAAACAGAGUGGAGAGUAAACAGAGUGAGGAGAGUGAAUGAACAGAGUGAGGAGAGUGAACAGAGUGAGGAGAGUGAAUGAAGAGUGAGGAGAGUGAACAGAGUGAGGAGAGUGAAUGAAGAGUGAGGAGAGUGAACAGCAGCUCGUCCAGCGCCGCUGCUCUGCAGGAGAAGCCCAGCUAAGCCAUGGAGCCUCCAGAGAGAGAAAUGGGGGACGAGAACACAUCUGAAGCAAAUGUUUCCUUGGGUUAUGAAGAUGAGGAUGGAAAUACACCUACAAAGCAUGACACCCUUCAAAGGGUUGACAGGGGUGAUGUGGUAACUCAGGAUGAGCGUGCCUGUUCACCUGAGCCCAGCUGCAUAUCCAUGAAGAGCGACUGGUCCAUGGACCCUCCCAUCACGCUCCAAGAUGGAGGUGUGACUCCCAAGCAACGUGAAAACAAGAUAGGCUCGGACGCACCUGUGCCCAGCUGUGUGUCCUUAAAAAGUGACCAUUCAAUGGAUCCACCAAUUACAAUUAAAGAUAGAGUCUCUCGCAGUGAGCAGAGGGUCCGCCAAGGGAGAAUAAGCUCAUCUGUCCCUAGCUGUGCGUCUAUGAUAACUGACCAGUCAAUGGAUCCACCAAACACAUUUAAAGAAGGAGGCGCAUCCGCAGAGCAGAGUGUCCGGCAGAGGAGAGCGAGUUCACCCACGUCCAGCCAUCUGUCCUUGAAGUGUGACCGUUCGAGGGAUGCAACAAGCUCUUUCAGGGCAGAUUUCCUUGCUGACCAAAGAGACCAGCUAGCAAGAUCAGGCACACAGUCUGACCUGAGCCAACAGACAUACCUCUCUGCCACAUUAAGGCUUUUCGAGGAGCGGUUUAUUGGUUUUGUGAAGGAGGAGAUACAGAAAAUUAGUCGGAUUCUGAGACCAGAUUACACAGGAGGCGUAGAGGUUUCAGAGGAAGAUGAGGAUGGCAGAGAUGCCAGAGAAGCAUCUCUAAAGAUCGCCGUGCACAUUUUAAAGGGCAUGAAGGAGCUGGACCUUGUUGAAAAACUAGUCAAACUUGAACGUGUAUGCUCACAGCAGAAAAACCUAAAACAUAACCUCAAGAGCAAGACACAGCGGAUAUUUGAAGGAAUCGCUAAGCACGGAAAUCCGGCUCACCUCGAUAAGAUCUACACAGAACUCUACAUCACCGAAGGUGGAAGUGGAACACUCAACAGCGAUCACGAAGUGAGACAGAUGGAAGUGUCCUAUAGGGGUUCAGUGGCGGAAGAGACACAGAUCAAUUUGGAAGACAUCUUUAAACCUUUACCAGGGCAGGAAAAGACUAUUAGAACAGUGCUGACCAGAGGUAUAGCUGGCAUUGGAAAAACGGUCUCCGUGCAGAAGUUCAUUCUUGACUGGGCUGAGGGAAGAGCCAAUCAAGAUAUCCAUUUUAUGUUCCCAUUGCCUUUCCGAGAGCUGAAUCUGAUGAGUGAAAAGCAGUUUAGCUUGGAGGGACUUCUCCACUGCUUUUUUAAAGAAAUGAAGGAUUUAGGACUCUCCGUUCUUGAAGAAUACAAAGUUGUUUUUGUCUUUGAUGGCCUGGACGAAUGCCGCCUUCCAUUAAAUUUCAAGAGCAACGAGAUGUGUGCGGAUUUAACUAAGCCAACAUCACUGGAUGUUCUUUUGACAAACCUCAUUAUGGGGAACCUGCUGCCAUCUGCUCUCCUCUGGAUUACCUCCCGACCUGCAGCUGCUAACCAGUUGCCUGCCAGGUGUGUUGACCAAGUAACAGAGGUGAGAGGGUUCAACGACCGAGAAAAGGAGGUGUACUUCUACAAAAAGAUUAGUGAAGAGAGCGUGGCCAGCAGAAUCGUCCAACAUGUGAGGUCUUCCCGGAGCCUCCAUAUCAUGUGCCACAUACCUGUCUUCUGCUGGAUCUCAGCCACCGUGCUUGAGAGGUUGUUACGUGAAGCCAAGAGUCGACGGGUGCCCAAGUCUCUGACCGAAAUGUACACGCAUUUCCUUAUUUUCCAGACGGUUCAAAGGAACGAAAAGUACUCGGAAGGACAUGACAUGGAUCCUUGCUUGACGAAGGAAAACAUUCAUUCACUGGGAAAGCUAGCCUUUCAGCAGCUUUGCAAAGGAAACUUGAUCUUCUAUGAAAAUGACCUGAGGGAAUGUGGCAUUGAUGUCAAAGAUGCAUCGGUGUACUCUGGCGUGUGCACACAAAUCUUCAGAGAGGAACUGUACCAAAGUAAGGUCUACUGCUUUGUGCACUUAAGCUUCCAGGAGUAUCUCGCAGCCUUAUUUGUGUACUUAAGCUGGGUUAGUUUCAAAAACCAGUCCCAAGAGCCAGAAGCUAACUUUCAAGAGCUUUGUUUGAGCUCGACACUUUUUGACCUGCAGAAGAGCGCAGUGGACCUGGCUUUGCGCUCAAAGAAUGGCCACUUGGAUCUAUUCCUCCAGUUCCUCCUUGGCCUAUCCCUGGAAUCCAAUCAGAUUCUUCUACGUAAUCUGCUGACGCAGGAAGUGAGUGCUGAAGAGAGCCACCAGGAAACAGUCCAGUACAUAAAGUUGAAGCUUGGUGAGAACCUCAGGCCUGAGAAGUCCAUAAAUCUGUUCCACUGCCUGCAUGAGCUCAACGACGAUUCCCUCGUGAAGGAAAUCCAAAGUUAUCUAAGCUCGAGGAAUCUCUCCUCAGAAAACCUUUCACCUGCACAGUGGUCAGCUCUGGUCUUUGUGUUGCUGACCAGCGAUGACAGGAUAGAAGUGUUUGACUUGAGCAAAUAUGUCCAAUCGGAUGAGGGAUUUAAGAGGCUGAAGCUUGUAGCCAAAGCAUCCAGGACUGUCAAGUUGUCCUCAUGUAAGCUUACAAAGGCAAUCUGUCAUUCUCUGGGAGCUGUUCUUGCUUCAAACUCUUGUGCUACUAGAAUACUGGAUAUAAGUUAUAAUGACCUGCAGGACACAGGAGUGAAGCAACUCUGCAUUGGCCUGAGAAAUCCACUCUGUCUGCUGGAGACACUCAACCUUCAGUUCUGUGGAAUCAGACGAGAUGGCUGCUCUGCCCUCGUUUCUGCUCUAGAAUCAAACCCUUCGCACCUGAGAGAGCUGGACCUGAGCUACAAUCCUACUGGAAAUGACGCACUUACUGCACUUUUAGCGUUUCUGCCUGACUGUAGGCUCGAAACACUGAGGAUCUCAGGUUGCAGAGUGACAAAAGAAGGCUGUGUUUUUCUGGAAUCGGCUAUAAACGCCAAACCAUGCCACCUUAGAAAUCUGGACUUGAGUGACAACAGCAUAGGGGAUUUAGGAGCAGGAGUCUUCUCUGCUUUAUUGACCAAUGAAAAUUGUAAAAUUGAAUACCUGAGGCUAGAGAAAUGUAAUAUAACUUGGAAAAGCUGUAAGAUUCUGGAAGGUGCAUCCACCUCAGUGUCCUGCUGUCUCAAAGAACUCGACCUAAGUGACAAUGACCUGCAGGACACAGGAGUGAAGCAACUCGCUUAUGACCUGAAGAAGUGCAAGCUACAGAAAUUAAAGCUGUCUAAUUGCAGGUUCACUGAGAAAGGGUUCUUAGCAUUAGCUUCAGCUCUGAAAUCAAACCCCACCUGUCUGAAAGAGCUGGAUGUGAGUAUGAACUUUCCUGGCAGUAAGGGAAUGAGGGAGCUGCUUUCAGCACUGCAGCAGCACUCCUGUGCCCUUCAAACACUGUGUGUGGACACUUGCAGCCUCGACUCAGAAAUAUGCGCCUCCUUCUCCACAACUCUCACUCAGAACUCAAGUCUGAGAGAGCUGAGUCUGAGUAAUAAUAAUAUCGGAGAUGAAGGAGUGAGGUCACUCUUGAUUGGACUACAAAGUGGGCUUUCACCCCUGAAGAUCUUGAGGCUCUCCGACUGUUCCCUCACAGAGAGCAGUUGUGAAAUCUUGGCCUCCACUCUGAGUUCAAACACCACUGGCCUGAUAGAACUGGAUCUGAGGAGAAACAGCCUCGGCCAAAACGGAACCGUCUUUCUCUGCUCAAUAUCGACCAUAAAUCUCAGACUGUGAGAACGGUCACUAACCCAGAGCUCCUAGUCUCAAGUGCUGGGGAGUUCCGUGCUCUGCACAUGUAAUAUCACUUACCACAAAACAUUCCGCGUCACUCUCUGUUUCUGUCUGUUUUACAGAACGUUCCCCGGUGUGCACUGAGGGAAUAUUUUGAUGAAAAUGUGAUCCGGAAAUCCAUUCACAGUGUUUUUACUGUGUUUUACUACUCUUUUUGGGCCAGUUGUUUUUUGUUAUGUACAUAAUUUUCCAUUUUAUCUCGGCAUGGCCAUCUUUGUGUAGAGGUGUGAAUUGUUUUUGUAGCCAGUUGAUCUUACUCCUCCCCUUCUGCCCAUCAUUGCUCGCUAGCAGCUCAACACAUUUCAGUCACAUAGAGCCAACAAUGUCAAAAUGAAGGGGAAGGAUAUAUUUUAAUGUGAUUAUAUAAAUUAAAAUACCCGACUCGAUUUCCAUUACACUGACAGAGUGACCGCAAUGAGGCCUGCAGAAAGAGGCUAAUAUCUGCUGCAUCUGUGCUUUAUGGCCAGUUACCAUGUACAAUUUCUUCUGCAUGAAGAAGGAACAGAAAAUAGAAGCUUUUAGGUCCGUUUCUGCCAGUUUAUGCAGAACUGUUUGUAAAUCCAUCAGUCAGAGAUUUGUAAAUUUGUAAAUAUGCCUUCUCUUUCAGAAAAUGGACUAGCUUUUUUCAGAGAGAAGAUUAUUUUUUACCAUUGUAGUGGAGACUUGUGGCAGGUGGUGGCAUUUUCACAGGUUCCUGAUUUGAUCAUGCAACUUUAUAAGCAACCAAAAGUAACUGGAACUGCUUUUUUACUAUAAAUAAAACUUAAAAACUUAAAAAAGAUAAAACUUCACAAGAACCGCUUUGGUAAGACUCUUUCAUUGUACACAAGACAUUCUUUCAUGUCUGCCUCAUCCUGAAACCUGUAUUGUUACAGUGUAAUGGUUGUAGUUCAUAUAGUUGCAAAGUACCAGGAUUCCUUUACGGAAUACAGCAAACCCACAUCUCCUCUUAAAGGAACACGCAUACCUCGCCUCUUAGACUAGGAAGACUAGGGAAACCCCCUUCUGAUGAUGCAUCUUGAAGGUGGGAGAUAAAAGUUAAGGUAAGGUUAUCAAGGUAGCUGGCUAUCUGGAUACUUUACCUCAAUCUGGCUACUUUUCUCCAGCUAAAACGGUUAGAAAUUGUCUCUGACGUUCAUUUUUUUCUGAAUAACGGCAGAACUGAUGGUUGUGUGUGUUAGCCUAUAGCUCAGUGGCUGGGCUAGCAAUCAAGAUUGACACCACAGGGAUUCCUAAUGACUGUGUGAUGUGUUUGCAUAAGGCAUGCUGGGUAUUGCAGUGAGAGGACUUUUAUGAACAGCAACAUACCAGUGAGUCUGAGGGAUACAAUGCUGUGCUACAGAAUAUUACCUAACAACAAAUAGUCAAAUAAAAAUUAAGUUUUAAGCCAGAACCCUUUAA